AUGGAAGGACCAAGCGAAAAGACCACACCAUUGGCCGAGGUCUUUCCCAGCCCCUUUUCGAUCGAAGAUUCGCAGUACAGCGGGGGCAAGACCCCGAUCCUCGCUAGACGUGAGUGCGCGCGUUCACUGUUGGUUUCCGCCGGCGCCAAGCACCGUCUACGCCAUACCCCGGGCGAAUCCCAGCCCCGGAAACACAUCGGAGGAGUGGUAUGGUUCAUGUUUGAAGCAGCUGCGACAGCAUGGUGUGAAUCUGCCUCGUCGUCACGUGCAAUGCUGCUCUUCGCCAGUUCAGUCGCGGCACGCGUGGCAUUCUCCCGUCCGCUAGCCGCACGUCGGCACGUGCCUGGCUUGGCCCAGGAAGACCGAGGAAGACGGCUCGCUGCCCAAUGUGGGGCACCUCUCUUGAGUGGGCAGCGGCCAUCGAGCGCGUGGUUCGAGCAAGCACAUCACCCAAGCGAUCACAUCCACUGAUCGGCACCCUUUCUGCACGUCUGAUAUUGUACAGCCCCGUAUACCCUCCACGAAAUCGAGAUGAGAGCGCUGUCAUAUUCGAUUCGCUCGAACAAGGCCGACUGGCAAACGAAGCGGCUCAGUCGCGAGAUCAGAACCAAAUGGGCCAUCGAGGCCUUGGAGCAGAGCACGGAGAACGCGAAACUGGCGUUCAAGCACAUGACGCUCGAGAGGCAACCUCUAACCUUUUGGAUGGUCGACUACGUCUUGGAGGAGCUCGAACAACACGCGAGGGUGGAGCGCAUCGUCAACGGCCAGUGGAGGGUGAGGAGCCGAUCCUGGCGCUCGCGUGACACAGCACCAGCUGACUCGAUCAGUUCCAACGUUACUUGUUCCCUGGUAGGAGGGCUGCUUUGACGCCAUCUUUGAAUCGGACCGCCUCAUCCCUGAUGGUCUACGAUCGGCGCUGAUUCGUCAAGUUGCCAAGCUCGAAAACGUCCCCGAGGAACAAAAGGACUGGCAUCCAGGAUCGAAGAAGCAGGUCCUCGAUCUCGUGCACCCAUCUCUGUACCCGCUCGUUUACGAACAGUCCGUGGUACGCAAAUCCCUCGAUGGGGAGAUGCAACUAGGCACCACAGCUGCGUCGGCGGUGACCCUCGCCGAAGCACCCGCUCCCAAACCAAGCUCAACGUCCGCCAUGCCCAGCGGCUUGGACGAAGCAGACGAGACCUCGUACCUCUCGAGUCAGUACCAGUGGUUGCCCAGCGACUUUACGCUUGACGAGAAUGGAGGAGUGUCGAUCGAUGGAUACAUCAACAACCUGCACCCCGACGACCAUGCCGAGUUGUACGAUACGAUCGCCGUCAUUUUUUCACAAUUCGUACCCCUCUUUGACCAGACGCUAUCGGAACUGAUCGACCCACGUCCCCGCGCGAUCCCCGUUAUCGAUUCGAAUUGGUACGAUAGCAGUGAAUUUGACGAAGAUGAAUGGAUGGAAGAGUACGGGUCCGAGGUCGAGGAAGCUAUAAUGCAAGACGCCUUGGACGAGGCUCAUGAAAGGUGGGAAAUGUCGCGCGAGAUCACCUUGCCGGCCCCCCAGGGUCUGUUCCACCCCGCUCCGGAAGAAGCGAUCCGCCGCAAGAUCGAAAAUCCUGCAUUCACGAUCAAAGGGCGCACCGUGCAGGUCAUUGUAAAGCUCGCCAAUAUCGUCUUUACCCCCGAUCAGCCCACCUACAACGGUGGGGUAUGGCACGUCGAAGGGAUGAAGAACGAGUCGAUCGUCGCUACGGGUAUCUACUACUACGACCAGGUGAACAUUGACGGCUCGUCGCUCGCCUUCCGCGGCACGUUCGACGAGACCGAGCUUCCCUAUGAGCAAAACGACGAGCGUGGGGUGGAGAUCGUUUUUGGGAUCCACGGGGACGGACCGACGGUGCAGUCGUACAACUCGGCCGCGACGACCCACAACCGGUGCUUGACGUUCCCCAACAUUUACCAGCAUCGCGUCCCUUCGUUUUCCCUACGCGACCGCACCAAGCCCGGCCACCGCAAGAUCCUCGUCUUUUUCUUGGUCGAUCCGUUGCGCCCUCGCAUCCCUUCGACGCGGGACGUUGCACCGCAGCAGCGAAAGUGGAUCGAACGUGCCUUGUGCGAGUCGGCACCCGGCGCAGAUACGGAAGCGGACGACUCCGAACCCUCUCGGGGGUCGCUCAUCAACCGACUGCCGAACGAACUCUGGAACCGGAUCCUCGACUUGACCGACGGGCUAAUGACACAGGACGAGGCGAAGGAACACCGCAACAAGUUGAUGUUUGAGCGCAAGUUCAAGCUCAAGGAGCACAGCACGGAGGUGUACGAGCGCGAGUUUUCGUUGUGCGAGCAUUGA